CUGAACAUUGGCAGUCAUUGAUGACUAUUGCUUAUCAUCCUCUUUCCCUUCCAGUUAUCAUUUGGUGCCAUCAGUUCUGAAACUCUGCUCGGGAGGUACUUCUCUUGAAAAUUAAUUACAAUGUGGCAUGCUUUUCUUUUGUGGUGUAUGCUUCAACUGCCAAAAUUCAAUUUUCUAUAGAUUCAUCAGUGAAAGGAAAAAAUGAAAACCAGAACUGAAAGCGGCAUUGCCACUGAGUUUGCCGAGUUGCCAUGGAGGAUGAGAUGUCAAAGUGUCCUAUGUGCCCCCAAAGAUACCCGAAGCUGUCAUGGACUAUUCUUCAUUGAACUGUAUCAGCUCCUCUGGUGUGCAGUUUCCUUCAAGUUUAUGUCUGGUUAGAAGUUUCUAUCAGCGAUCACUUCUCCAAUGCAGUUUUUUGUGUAAGUAAUCAGUAUCGUUCAAGUCCUGGAGAGUGGGGAAAUUGAGGUGUUGAAAUUGCUGCUCCACUAAAAAGAAGAAAAAUAAAUGCCUUUUAGAACUGGAAGAUCAGGGUGUAGAAGAAGCUCAGUUCAUUUCAGGUUGAAUUUCAGGAUACAUGAUGCUCUUGGAGAUGCAGCUGAACAUGGCCUAGUCAAAGCUGUUAGUAUUUCAUACUACAACAGUAAUUCUCCAAGAUCAACUAUUCUCUAUAAACAACUAGUCUACAGUGGUAUUCCAGACUAGCAAAAUUUAUGUAGAUGGAUUUGAAGGGGCUUCUCAAAUGGGUGCGGAGGAAGAUAAAGGUCAGCUUGUUUGAUGUGGGGGACGACACAUCUGCUGCUAAGCUCACAUAAAAUCAGCUAUAGUGGCUCUGCAAAUCCAUGGAAUGGGAAGGCAUUUUUCACAGACGUACCAAGAAGCUCUGCCUAUUUGGCACCAAAAAAGAUGAGUUCUUGGACGUGUUAAGGAUGUAUCAGGUUCUCAUCCUUGUUGGUGAGAACGGAAAUGGACAAACUACUCAGGUUGGUCUUCUUUUUUCCUUGUGUUUCUAGAUCACUAAUAUGUGGUUACACUGUGUUUUGUUUAUUUUCAUGAGAGAACAGCUACAUGUAGGUAGAGCUCUAGACUUGAAUCACUUGAUGAUACAUUUCUCUGUGGUGGGAAUUUAACACAUUUUAGAAAGGAGGACGCUAGCUAAAUACAGGAUUGCUUGUGCAGAUUCCACAAUUUGUUUGGGAAGCUGUCUAGCGUAAGAAACUCUGGAUAAGAGGCGCAAAAUGAUGGUUGGCUGUACUCAGCCUCGUAGAGUGACAUGGGCCGGAUAUUUCAGAUUUGGCCCUUGUGGUCUUGUGCUUGGGCCAUCUUGCUCUGAUGGUGCACUUCUUAUAUAUUUCCCUUGCAUGAUACAAACGAAACGAGGAAAAACCAAGAAGACGUUGGAAGAAGUCGGCGGACUCCAACAACCCAACAGAUGACGACAGAUUGAAGAAUUUUUAUGCGAUUGGGAAACGUUCUCUUUUUUGUUCAAUACAAUGACCACAGGAUCUGCCGGAAAGACGGAUGGCGCACAAGUCGGAGAUGAUAAACCAGAUCCAGUGCAGUUGAAGGCUGCACAUUUCCGAUGAUAUGAAGAGAAAAUGUGGUCACUGGGAUGGAACCCUUGGUGCAGGCUGCAGUGCAGCUGAAAGGGAAGCACUUUUGAAGUUCAAGGCUGAUCUUGAAGACCCUCGUAGCUGGCUAUCAUCUUGGGUUGGCCAAGGGGAUUGUUGUACAUGGUCUAGCGUCGUCUGUGACAAUCACACUGGCCAUGUUACCCAACUCCAUCUAGGGUUGCCGCGACCUUCUUACUGGCAUAAUUCUGUGCUUAGUGGUAAGCUCAACCCUUCCUUGCUUGAAUUGAAGUAUCUGGGUUAUUUGGAUCUGUCCUACAACGACUUUCAUGGUAUUCCAAUUCCAAGCUUUCUUGGUUUGAUGGCUAGUUUAAAUACCCUUUACCUUGAUGGAGCUGGGUUUGGAGGACUGAUUCCUCAUCAGUUGGGGAACCUCUCGAAGCUGCAGCAACUUGGUAUCGAGGCUGCUGCCGACUAUGUGCUAUAUGCUGAUAGUUUGUCGUGGCUUUCUGGUCUCUCUUCACUAGAAUUCCUUGAUUUGAGUAAAGUUGAUCUUAGUAAUGCUUCUGACUGGCUGGACUUGAUAAUCACAAUGCCAUCCCUUUCAGAAUUGUAUCUAUCACACUGUCAAAUUCUUCAUAUCCCGCCCCUCGCCAAUGUUAACCUGUCUUCUUCGUUGUCUGCUCUAAGUUUGUAUCACAAUCAAUUUGGUCAGACUUUUGUUCCAAGUUGGGUUUUUCAUCUUAAGAACCUUACUUACUUGAAUCUAGCUGACAACACAUUCGCUGGCACGAUUCCUGCACAACUUCAAAACCUUAUAUCCCUAAGGACCCUUGACUUGUCUUUCAAUUAUUUCAAUCAUUCGGUGCCAAACUGGCUUUACGGUUUGCAUCAUCUGGAGAAGCUCGAUCUAUACAGUAAUAAAUUGGAUGGCAGAGUCUCAACUGAGAUUGGAAACUUGUCUUCUCUUAUUUACCUUGAUAUGUCAGUCAAUUAUGGCCUUGAAUUUGAAAGGGGGAUUCCUGAUUCAUUCAAAAGCUUAUGCCAGUUGAGGUCACUUUCUCUGCAACAUGUAAAACUAAAUCAAAAUGUAUCUGAGUUACUUGAAAUCCUUGGAGUAUGUGCUUCUGGUACUUUGCAGGAGUUGUCUCUGCCUAGUUGCCAACUGCAUGGUCAGUUGACUGAUCGAAUCGGCAUGUUCAAGAAUCUUAACCUUCUCAAGCUCCAGAACAAUUCUAUUUCUGGUCCACUCCCGAUUUCAUCUGGAGAAAUGAAAUCUUUGUACCAUGUAGACCUUUCAAGAAACAAGAUAAAUGGAAGGUUUCCAACGAGUUUUGGGGCACUGGCAGGUUUGAUUUAUGUGGAUGUGGAUAUCUCUCAGAAUGCAAUUCAUGGUGUUGUUCUCCCUGAAAUUCACUUUGCCAACCUCACAAAGUUGGCUUACUUUUUUGCGUCGGGAAAUCAUAUGGUGUUCAAAGCUAAACCAGAUUGGGUUCCUUCCAGGCAUAUUCAAAUUCUGAACUUGGAGUCCUGGUAUGUUGGACCUGGAUUUCCUCAUUGGCUCAAAGGUCUGCAAUAUCUGAGUUCUCUUGAUCUGUCUAACUCUGGAAUUUCAGAACAAUUCCUGACUGGUUCUGGAGCAUGUCGUCUCGAUUCUAUUAUCUGAAUUUCUCGCACAACCAAAUCCUUGGGCAGCUUCCAGAUGCCAUCUUUAUUGACGGCUACGAAUCAUUUUUUGAUUUCAGCUCCAAUUGCUUGGAAGGUCCACUGCCCACUGUUUCGUCCAAUCUUAAUUUCUUGGACCUAUCCAACAAUUUGUUGUCCGGAAACUUGGUCAAGUUCUUGUGUUUCAAUCCUGCUGAGACAAGGACUACUCAGUAUCUGAAUAUUCAAGGUAAUCACUUUUCAGGUGAGAUACCUGACUGCUGGAAAAAUUGGCAGAGUUUGGAGGCUCUUAAACUUAGUAGCAACAAGUUUAUAGGAAGAAUUCCAAACUCCAUCGGAACUUUAACCUCACUUUUGUCUUUACACAUACAGAACAAUAGUCUGACUGGUGACAUUCCCUUGUCUCUUGGUAAAAGUUGCUCGCUGUUGACUUGGGCUAUAAUGAAUUGGUAGGAGAGAUUCCAAGGUGGAUGUGGAAGUGGCUUUCCAAAUUGUCUAUUCUUAAUUUGCGUGCAAAUAAGUUUCAUGGCAGCAUGCCGGUGGAGCUUUGCCAUCUGCAGUUUGUACAAAUCUUGGACCUUUCUCACAACUCACUUUCAGGGAGCCUGCCAGCAUGUUUGGGUAAUUUUAGUGUACAGGGAAAAUCAAAUUUUAUCGACUAAAGGGAGCUUUGUGGAUUACAGUACCAUACUAAAUUACGUAAGAAGUGUAGACCUUUCUUGCAACAACUUCUCUGGAGUAAUACCAGGGGAGAUCACAGACCUGAAGGGACUUCACUACCUGAACUUGUCACAUUAUUUAUUCUCAGGUAGAAUGCCAGAGGCGUUACAUAAAAUUGAAUCACUGGAAUCUUUGGAUUUAUCUGUGAACCAGCUAUCCGGAGUAGUCCCUCCUGGACUGGCAGUCUGACUUUCCUGUGUUACUUGAACUUGUCCUACAACAACUUGAGUGGUAAAAUUCCUUCAAGCACUCAACUGCAGAGCUUUGAUUCUUGGAGCUUCAUAGGGAACCGAUACCUCUGUGGCCUCCAUUGAACAAUGGUUGUAGUGUGCGCAAAGCUGUGCCUGGUUCUGGAAAUGGAGAUGAAGACGAUGAAUUUCUAUGGUUCUACGUCAUCACGUCACUUGGCUUUGUGGCUGGUUUUGCUGUUACUGUUUGGUCUUUUUUCUUUGGAUUAUCAAACAACGUACUCUGGAUUUCCUAAAUCACACCGAGCACAGAUUCUGCAGCUGUAUUAUGUGAAGAGGGAAAGUUAGAGUUAGGAGUGUCGGAGCUGAACAACUUUCAAUGGGAUGGUGGAGCACUAACCAGAGCUCAACAGCAUCACCCAAGACCAUAUAUGUAUACUGAAGAUCAACCUUGGCAUGAACUCAGCUUCUUCAUUACCAGAAACACACCAAAGCAGAACCAGUAACCAGGUCCCUCCUUAGAACCAUGAACUUCAGCUGUAUUAAUUAAGGUUAUACCACAAUUAACACUGCAUAUUUGAAACAACCUUAAAAAUCCUUCAUGUACAGCUGCUGUGUUAGUAAAGAGGCAAAAUGCAGAGGAAAAUGAUGUCAAGGCGGCAUCUUUAAUGAACUAGGAGUCACUUUGAUCCCCCUAGAGUCCAAUUGCUCAAGGUGGUCUGUUUGUUGGUUUCUUCUUUGUUCAAGCUCGUCGGUAGAAACUGGUGGUCCUUUAAGAAAUAGAAUGAUCUCUCAACUUGUGCGACAAAAAGCUUGAAAAAAACAGAGGAAAAAGGCAGGAUGCCAAAAAACAAGCAGGGAUCAAUUAACUAAGCAUUCCUUA